AUGUUAAAGUGGACGGCAUCAGCGCAAAAGCUAAAUCAGCUAACACCGAACAUCAAAGCGGCCACCACAGCGUUGCACCACAAUGGCACACCACAUCCACUAACUGAGGCAAAGCGGCGACAUCGUCGUGCCACCAUGACUAACAAGGAGAAUGUACUCGUACCAUACACCUCAACUCCGAUGCGCAUGCGAGAGCGCAACAGCCCACUGGUGCUUUCGCCAUUAACGGAUAUUUUGAAUGUUACACCGAAAACUUUGUCACCGCUACGGACCACGAGUACAAGCACAAUCAGUCGACCACUGCCCACUCGCCGCCAUUCAACAGUUGGACUUUUUCUGCAUACGGCGCCUAACUACGCCACCACGUUGCCACGCUUCGAGGAGGAAUACUCGCCCAGUACAGCACUGCCUACUGGACAUCAAGUAGCUUUGAGAGGAUUGCUGCCCGACCCCUUUCUGAGCAAUCUUCGCUACUUUAGCACGCCUGAGUUGGCCAAGCGGAAACAACAGGAGGAACAAGAAAAUCUGAGGGCCGACAGAAAAUCAUUGCCACGUAAGCUGGAAGAAGAUUUUGCUGAAAUUGCGCGGGAAUGUGGCGGCGACAAGCAAAAGAAGCUCAUCAACGAUGAGUCACACUCGGCCGGUAUGAGCGAUCACACUUUGGAUAAGCUCAUUGACGCUAUUUUAGACUCGGCAUGCAAAGACGAAAAGAAGAAGGUUAGACCACGCAAGUCCUUUAACCUACGUCGUCGCACACUGCUCAAGAAUCAAGCCGAGCAAAAAGUCAGUGAACUAGUAUUGUCACCAUCCUAUGCCGCUGGCGAUGAUCCAGCGAGUGAUCUUAGCUUUCUUUUGGGCGAACCAAUGUCGAAUAGUAAGCAAACGGCACAGAGGAGUGCCAAAACAUUACCACCAACUCCUGCACCAGCUACACCGUUACCCGGCACUCCCAUGUCUGCUGAAAUGCUGCGCAACAUGCCCACACCUGACAUCUCCACCAGCAACUACAAGUGUACAACACAACGACAUAUUCUGCGUUCAACAGCUAGUGAGGAACCAUUAGAUACCACCUUCCAGCUGGAAACACCAGUGCGACUGCCCAUGCAGAGGAAGCGACAACGCCGAAAAACUAUGACAGUAUCGAUUAGCGGCAGCACAAAGCGUUUUAAAACCGAUGGUAAAAACUAUUGCGAAGUCGGACUGGCUUUGCCGUCGAUCUAUGUCUAA